GACCAGAGCGAAACAGAGAGAUCAAACUAUUUCUCAAAUGAAAGUACCGAGGUUAGGAUGUGAAGUUACUCCCCCCAGUUGAAGUGUAAUCUUGCCACGGCGGCCUAAAUUAUUAUCAAUAAAUACGUCACCAGACAAUUCUCGACGAUUUGAUCUCAUCUCCGGUCAUCGAAACCCCCGGUCUGAUCGAACAAUCAGUUGUUGUUGGUGUUAUCAGCCCUAGAUGAAGAGGAAGAAAGGGAUGACUCGAGGUGCAUUAUUUUUAUAACUACAUAUUCCGCAGUUAUUGCACUAAAUUACACGUCACACGUAUAGUAGAACUGAGGAGAUUGUGCCCCUCAAUUGCCCCCACUUUACCCUAUUUUCACUUACAUCCGUGUCUCCCACCUCUGAAAAUCAAAGACACAAUCUCCUCAGUCUGGCCGUACGUACGUGGAUUCAGUUGGGGUGCUCAUACGUCAGCAAUAACAGUCAUUCCGGGAGGAACAUGUGAAGUGCAAGAUCAUUAUGGCUAUUGACGACACUAAAAUGUUAUAGCGAGUAUCUCAUCGCCAGAGCCCAUCUGAUUGAGGGAUGACAUUCUGGAGUGGAAGGCCCGGAUGGCUGGGCAAACUGGGACUGGCCCUGUUGCUGGCCUGGUUGAUAGUUCUCAUCCUCUCGGUUUUCCACGUGAUGAGGAGUGCUCCACCAUCGCACGACAUCAUCUCCCAGAUGGAGAAGGAGAAUACUCAGAAGUUGAAUGAAAUGAUCGAGGAAUUUGGCAUUCUGAAGAAGCAGAACGAAGCUCUUGCCAAUUUACUGCUCGCCGAUAAUUCCAGGGGGGCUAGGGGGGAUCACCUGGGGGCAAUCAGGGAGAAAUUAGACAUACGGAGGAUCGCUGAGGACAGUGGCCCCUCGUUCGAGUACGAGGAGCUCAGGAGAAAAAUAAAAAAUAAUAUCCAGGAGUUUUGGUACUACGUCACGUCGGAAUUGAAGAAAGUGAAGAAACUGGCGGACGAUUUUCCGGUUGACAAACGGAGUAAGGAUGUUGAUGAUUCUCUCAAGGACAUCUGGGAGCACAAGAAAGAGCUGAUGUUGGAGCUCGAUGCGCUGGAGAGGGCCGAUGGCCACAGAAAUUGGAGAGAGAAGGAGGCUAAAGACUUGUCUGAUUUAGUUCAGAGGAGAUUCUGGCAUUUGCAGAAUCCAUCGGACUGUAAUAAAGCCAAAAAGUUGACCUGCAGUCUCAAUAAAGGCUGUGGAUUUGGGUGCCAAAUACACCACAUAACCUACUGCUUCCUCGUGGCCUACGGAACGGAGCGAACAUUAAUCCUAAAAUCAAAAGGUUGGCGUUACCACAAGGACGGUUGGGAGAGUGUGUUCAAGCCCCUGAGUAACACGUGUCUCUCAGCGGCGGGAGAUUCCCACAGUAACUGGCCCGGGGACAGCACGAAGCAAGUGGUGGCCCUGCCAAUAGUGGACAACGUGUACCCCAAGCCCAAGUACCAGCCCCCGAGUAUCCCAGCAGACCUGGCCCCGCGGAUCCAGAAGCUGCACGGCCACCCCAUCGUCUGGUGGGUGGGGCAGGUCCUCAAGUUCCUGAUGCGACCCCAGGACAACAUCAAGAAGAUGAUGGACUACUCCAAGGAGAAGCUCGGUUUCGAGAAGCCCAUUGUGGGAAUUCACGUGAGAAGAACUGAUAAAGUGGGAACUGAGGCUGCCUAUCACGACAUUGACGAGUACAUGGUCAAGGUAGAUCAGUACUUCAAUCAAUUGGAGACUGAACCCCCUGUCAGGAGGGUUUUCAUCGCCAGUGAUGAUCCCAAAGUGAUAACAAAUGCCCGGAAAAGGUACCCCAGGUACGAAGUCAUUGGGGAUCCAGCUGUUGCUGAGACUGCUUCUGUGUCGAAACGAUACUCAGACUCUUCACUGCAAGGAAUUAUCGUUGACAUUCACCUCCUGUCCCUCUGCGAUCAUCUCGUCUGCACCUUCAGCUCACAAGUUUGCAGGGUUGCCUAUGAACUCAUGCAAACGUAUCAUGUUGAUGCUCAUGACAAAUUCACGUCUUUGGAUGACGUUUAUUAUUAUGGGGGACAGAAUCCGAAUCCUGGUGUUGCUAUCCUCGAUCAUGCGGCCAGGAGGUUUGGCGAGAUACAGCUCAGGGUUGGCGACAAGGUCGAGGUCUAUGGGAACCACUGGGAUGGCUACUCCAAGGGGAGGAAUAUGAGGACUAGUGUCACUGGACUUUUCCCCAGUUUUAAGGUGAAAAAUCCAGUUGCUGUUGUUGAGUUUCCAAAGUAUCCAGAUGUACCUAUCUAUAAUCCGGGGAAUUGAGGGGAGUUUUGGCGCCUGGAGGUGACGAGUAAUUUAUUGGGUUUGUGAAUGUGUUUUUUGGUUUGUUUUUCAUGCUUUUGGAGGCGGGGGAAUGAGGCUUAAUGGAGUUGUUAGGGGGUGUUCUAGCAUUUGCAGAUUAAUUGAGUACUCAAGGUAGAAGUUUUUUUGUUCAAUUGUGAUAAGUCGAGAUUCUUACAUUUUGGUGGAGGAGAAAAUGGGCUUUUGCAGGAAAUUUUUUCAUUUAUAUGAACAUUAGAUGCACUGAAAAAUUAUUUCUUUGUUAUGUCCGAAAUACUAAAGUUUAGUAUUCCCGAAUAAUAUUUUCAGAAUUAUCAGUAAAAGAAUAAUCUGAAGGAUUGUCUUUCAUCUCUUUUAGUUUUUAUUAUUAGAACGCUGCUGUGCAGUCAUUUUCCGGUGAAGAAUAAAUAGAUUCUAUUUAGAAUCAAUAGAUUGGUUUGAUUUAUUUCAUUUGUUUAAUCGAUUUCGGAAUUGGUAAAUUAUAAUGUUAUCGAAAUUGCUAACUUUACAUCACUUAUUCAGUUAAAAUGAGGGAAGAUCAUUUUAAGACUCGACCACUCGGAACUAGGAGCCUCGCAGCGAUAAAUAAUGAAAUAUCCAUAAAUUCUAUUCAUCAUUUUUCAAAAUGGAAAAAUACGAGUCUAAUAAUUCGCAUUCAAUUUUCGUAUUUCAUAAUUUUGUUUCAAUGAAAAAAUUUCAUGCAACAGCCCAAUUAUUCCGAUGACAAGUGGUUUUAGGAUAGAAUGUGAAAGCAAUUUUUUAUUGGAAAUUUCUUCAGCUACACUAUCGAAUUAAUUACUAAAAACUGGCAGCGUAAAAUUUGUCAAAUAUCCAUUUCGCCUCAUUUUCAUCUUCAUAGUCUCUCCGUACGUCUCAUUAUUCUCCACACUUCUUAUUUAUUGCCCAUUGAUUACCCAUGAGCUCGCCUCAUCCGGUGAGAUUAGCACACAAAACUGGGAACGACUUUCUGUGAUUUCUAUUAGGCGCUGGCUAAAAUUAAUACUUGAACAGUUUUCCCAGGGAGAAAUUAUUUUCUGUACCUCCAACGUAUGAAGAAUGUGGGGGUAUAUCUACUCUAUACCUGAUCCAGCAGAAAUAAAAAGACAAAAUAAUGUAAUAUAUUUUAUACUGAGGAGAAUGAAGUGUUUGAAUUUAAGAAACGUCGACUUGUGAUGUUAUAUUGUACAUUGUAUCUAGAUUUUUCAUAAAUAAAUAUUGAAAGAUUCGAACAA